AUGGACGCGCUCAAAGCCGAAGGCGCGGCGGCGCUCGCGUCUCACAACCUCUCCUUAGCCUUGGAAAAGUACCAGUGCGCGUUAGCGUUCGCGAAUACGAACGCGGAGAAAGGUGCCAUCGAAUCGAAUCUUUCCCUCGUGGAGUUGAAACUCGCGAAAAUGCCGAUGGCAAAGCUCCGCGCGAAAAACGCGAUUCACCUGAGACCAGAGUGGGAGAAAGGUUAUUUUCGCCUCGCGGAGUGUUUGUUCGAGGAGAAAUCGUUCGUGGAGGCGAAGGUGCAAUACGAAAUCGCGAGGACGAAAACGAACGAGAAAGCGACGUUGCACCGUUUGCUGGAACGCAUAGAGCUGGUGGAAGAGGCGUUGUCGGAGAACGGGUUUUACUUUCGACAGUUAACGCCGGGGAAAGACGUGUGCGUGAAAGCGAGCGGGAAGAUGAGCGCGAUGGUGGAGAUGCAAGUGUUUCAAGCGGCGAAACAGAUGCAGAACUUUAUAUAUUUAGUCGGCGACGCGAAGACGAGAGAGUGCGUGGUGGUGGACGCGUGCUGGGACGUAGAAGGCAUCGUAGAGUACGUAGAGAACGAGAAGAUGAAACUCAUCGGGGCUGUGGCGACGCAUUAUCACUUCGAUCACGUUGGCGGGACGCCGCCGAGCCCGUUCAACGCGUUGGGGAUUAAAGUACCCGGAUUAGCGACGAUAUUGGAAAAGUUUGAGAAGGAGGCGAACUUUUUGGCGCACGUGCCGGUCCACGACGCCGAAAGGAUUCUGAGCGAUAAUCCGACGAUUAAAGAUACGAGGGUGCAGAUGUACGCAGAUAACUCAACGCAGAUGAUUGGGAGGAAGAAGAUGCGGUGGAUGCACACGCCGGGUCAUUCUCCGGGAAGUGCAGUUUUGGUAUUUAGCGGGGACGUGGCGUCCGGGACGGGGAAAGGUCAAGGAAUCGUGUUGAGCGGAGACACGAUAUUUCCCGGGUCGUGCGGUAGGUUGGACAUGCCAGAUGGGAGCGCGGAGAAAAUGUACGAGAGCAUGAAGAAGUGUAGACAAUUAUUAGAUAAGAAUUGCGUCGUGUAUCCAGGACACGCUUAUAAUGGAAAUUUCUCCACCAUCGGAAGAGAGUGUUCGAGCGGGAUGUUGCGCGAAAUGUCCAAAGAGCAAUGGAUGGCGAUGCAUACUAAGUAG